UUUUGAGGUUGCAAAGACAAAGACAUACAACAGACACACGAGACCAUAAAUUGCUAGGCGAAUUUAGGUAUUGAAAUAUAUGUUUUACAAUCUGGUACUUAUUCAAUUGAAGCGAUAUUAUAAAUUGGUAUAAGAAACUUAGGAACAAUUUCUAUUUAGAGAUUAAUUCCUUCAUGUACUUAAGCUUCGUCGAUUGAAAUUUUACGAAAGUCGUUAUUAAUUGAGGUUUAAUUUAUUUUUAUACCUGGAAUGCAAGAAGAUUCAAAAAUACAGAGGAUAUCGUUAAAGUUUUCAGAUCAUGAAGACGAGCCAGAGUUCUUACUUGUUGAACUAGACAAGGAGCUACAAAAUUUAAUAGAACAUAAUCCUGAUGAACAGAUAGUCUUUAAAGCAGGAUUAGAUUCAAAGUCUUCGGUCAUGUGCACGCGUAAUACUACUUAUUCUGUUCGCCAGCUAAUUCAGUCUAAUUCUUUAUUGCUCUUUCAGUCUUUUCAUCCCUCGGAAUUGACUUUGCGAGAUUCAAAGCAUAGCUACUUGGAACUCGAACAGAUUUUUGGGUCCAUCAUAAUUGAAGACAAGAUUUCCUAUUGGAAUGAAGAUGAUUCUGAGAAGCAGGUUCCUUCAUCUAUAUCCCUUCAAGACUUUAUAAGCCAAGUACCAGCCAGUGAAAAUGAGAUUAGAACUUUUCUAGGAUUAAAUUUUACUAUUCUGAAGAAUAAUACUCUUUACAGAAUGUCACCUUCUUAUAUCAUGACACUAAUGGAUUGGAUGUUCGCUGUAAUUCAACAACUUCGAGCAGACUUUUCCGCUAUUGAUGUUAAAAAAAUAAAAGAAAUAGCUAAGGAAGAUGAAGUUGAUAUCGAUGCUCUCUAUUCAAUUGUGUGGAGUAUUUCAAAAAGUCCUUUUUUGAGCGAAUUGGACAUUGUCGCCAUUGACAAAAGCCUGGUUUGCUUUUGGAUAGGUCGCUUUCUAUUAGAAGAUGCUAUCAUCAUGGAGAUUUCUCAGUUUUUACUAAAGUGGGAGGAAAAACUUCCUGAGAAUUGCAGAGAAUUCGUGUCACUAGAUAUGCUAAAGGGAUUCUAUUUUUAUUCUGGUACCAACACAAUACAAUAUUUUUCUUCCUCUCAACUACCCCGAGACCCUACUCGCUGUUUCCAGGUUUUAUUCGACAUUAAAUCCAAAUGGCGAUAUGAUGAAAUAUGGCCGUUUGUUGAAACUUUAGCGGUAGAUAAAAGCAAAGUGGAAGCUUUGCUUUUGAAAUAUGGAAGAAAACAAGCUACGAAGAACGGUGUUUAUAUAAAUAGUAGAAGUACUUGGUAAUUUAAUUAGCAAAACAUGUCUCAGCAAUGCUAAAUAGAAUUUAAAAACAAAUCAAUUCAAAACAUUAGAACA